CUUUGAAGGCUGUGAAAUUUCCUCUCUCUUCUUCCUGGCUCUCUGAGCACUAAGGAAGCCAUACUAAAGAGAUAUCUGAAGGAACGUGUCUUCCCAUAUGUGCCUCCCCAAUCCUUGAAGUCCUAGGAAAAGGCCCUCCUGUGGGUGCCCCUUUCACUUGGGGUUUGGAUUAUAAGUGUCACUUAGGAAGAACUGUCAGAUCCAAAAUAUUGACCAUGGCCUCGCGCAUUGGCUUGCGGAUGCAGCUCAUGCGAGAGCAAGUGCAGCAAGAGGAACAACGGGAGCGCAUGCAGCAGCAGGAAAUGAUGCAUUACAUGCAACAACAGCAGCAAAUGCCAAUGGCUCCAACCCCUGCCAUCAACACACCUGUUAAUUUCCAGUCACCACCCUCUGUGCCAGGCGAAGUCUUAAAGGUUCAGUCCUUUCUGGAGAAUCCUACCACGUACCACCUGCAGCGGUCACGAGACAAGAAGGUCAAAGAAUACCUGUCCGAAACCUAUGGGAACAAGUUUGCUCCGCUGCUCAGUGCCCCUUCUCCCAAGCCUCCGCCUUCUGCUUCACCUGGUGUGAGGCCAAGCCAUGUCAUGUCCUCUUCUGCAGGCAACAGCACCCCCAAUAGUCCAAUGGCAAUGCUCAACAUUGGCUCCAACCCAGAAAGGGAGAUAGAUGACGUCAUUGAAGACAUCAUGCAGCUGACCACUACAGUUGGAUGUAUUAACCCAGAAAUUCAUAUGCCCAAUACUCUGCCACUGUCCAGCAGCCAUAUGAAUGUGUAUAGCAGUGACCUUCAGAUGACACCCUCUUUGGUGGGCAUCACCAGCAGCUCUUGCCCUGCUGAUCUCACUCAGAAGAGAGAGCUCACAGAUGCUGAGAGCCGUGCUUUGGCUAAGGAACGGCAGAAGAAAGACAAUCAUAAUCUGAUUGAAAGAAGACGAAGGUUCAACAUCAAUGAUCGUAUUAAGGAACUCGGAAUGCUGAUCCCUAAAGCUGGAGAUCUGGAUGUGCGCUGGAACAAAGGGACAAUCCUGAAAGCCUCUGUUGAUUACAUCAGGAGGAUGCAGAAGGACUUGCAGAGGUCACGAGAUCUUGAGAACCAUUCUCGGCGCCUGGAAAUGGCAAACAAGCAGCUCUGGCUCCGUAUACAGGAGCUGGAGAUGCAAGCUCGAGUCCAUGGGCUACCAACCUCUUCACCCUCUGGCACGAACAUGGCCGACCUAGAUCAGCAGGCUGUGAAGCAAGAAACCUCUGGGGAGGAGGGAACAGCUGAGAUCCAGCGGCAGCCACAACUCCAUCCGGAGCAGGAACUUCAGCACCAGCCUUCCUUUGCUCCUCCUCCGCAGUCCCCUUACCACCAGCUCGACUUUACUCAUAGCCUAAACUUUGACGACAACUCCAGUGGCUUCCAUGACCCCCUGGACCCCGGCCAAAAUGUCUCCUUCCCCUCCUUGUCCAAGAAGGAGCUAGACUUGAUGCUAAUGGAGGAUACCAUGUUGCCCGUGGCUUCUGACCCCUUGUUCUCUGCUGUGUCCCCAGAAGCGUCAAAGGCUAGCAGUCGCAGGAGCAGCUUCAGCAUGGAGGACACAGACAUGCUGUGAUUAGGAGCCGCCCCGUGAGAAAAAGACUAGGAAUCAAAUAUUGUUUGUUUGUGAAGAUUUGUUCCUCUGCCUUAUCCCUGCAGACUUAAUCGAGGGCGUGCGAGACUAGACAGAAAUGCAUCCUGUACUGGAGACGGUUUGUGUGCAGGUGGGGUGGGGGAUGCUCAGCCCAAGGUUCACUCCAGAUCUUGGAAUGCGAAUCCCGAAGUGUGCCCUGAUGUGCCAAAAACUGAGCAGCCCUGCCUCAUCUGCCAUGGCUGCAGGAUAAUCAUGGUCUUGCAACCCCCUUCAGCCUUUCUGGUUCCUGCAGGUGUAUCUCAGGUGCCCUGUGCCUUCAUGCCACGUGUCCUGCAAAGCCACUUUGAGCAUUUUUUGCAACAAUGUGAUUCUGGUGUCGAUGGCCGGGCAACAGUUUGUCCUGUUUGAAAAGCAGCUUUAACCAAGGCUUGGGCCCAAUCUGUUAUCACAGACCAGUGUGCCCCUUAAGCCUCACUGUGCCCCCCACCCCCACCCCUUUAACUCCUACCACCAGCCUUGUGGGAGUAAUAAUGGCCAGCUUCAGGUGUGCUCCGAUAUCGGGGCUCCUUCCCUUAUACAGGGCAGGGAUACCCGGCACCCUCUACAAGAGGGAGAGUGUGGUGCUUGCUACUGCCUCACCACGUGUGACGAUGGGUGGUGAUUUUGUAUCAGUCCUUUGGUGAGAUGGAGGAAUAGUAUUCUGACUCUUGCAGAACCUUUCUAAAGCUAGAAGCCCAAGUAGGAUACAGCUGGCUUAAUUAAGUUUUUUGCAGCUUUUAAAAUGCACACUCCAUUCGAUCUUGAUGCAGACCUCCUGUCUGAGUCCUUCAAAGCUCAGGCUGUUGAGAUCUAAGUUUGGUUUGGGCCCUUCCUCUGUUUUCAUGUAAUCUUUUUGGCUACAAUCCUAGAAAGCCCUAAGUGCAUACAGGGAAAGAAGUAUGUGGACGGCUGGAGACAUUUCAGACACUGUUUUACUGCAGCUAUUCACCCAGGAAAAUAGACAAGUUGCUUUGCCAUUUAAAAGCAUGACUGGCUUUAGUAAAAAUUUGCAAAAUAUCUCCAGCUGUACGUUUGCUUCUCUCUCACCCGUGCGAAUGGCUGUUCAGGAUUGCAGUCUUUUCCCACCUGAGGUUUCUAUAUAAAAUACUAAGGCCAUAGCCUGAGCCUAGGUAGGAGCCAUCUUUCCAUGAACUGAUUCUGUUGCCCCCUUUAUGCUGGAUAUUAUAUCAGUAGCUUUUCUACAAAGAAAUACAUAUUUUAGAAUCUUUGCCCCAUGCCCUACCUGUUCCUGAAGGGGGAACUAUGAACCUUCCUUUGCACCAGUUUAAUAAACUUGCUCAGCUAAACUGGAGCAAACUCUGGUGUGGUUUUAAGGGCAGCUUCAUAGAUGCAGUUACAUGCAUCAAAUACCUGUAUCUGUGGGGUAUGUGAUGCUCUCCCCCACUACACAUGCAAGCAUUUGUGUGUAGGAAGCCCUUAUUUUCAAUAAUAACUUCAAAGCAACACACCAGUGAAAAGCAGCUGCUUCUCUGUGGCGCAUUGUGCUUGCAUCUCUGGUGGGGAACACCUUGCAUACUUACCUCUUCUGCCCAUGCAUAUCUUAUCCUGAACUCUCUAAUGUUAUUCAGAUGGAGACCUUGCGUCAGGGAUUCUCCUAUUUUCCUAUUGCCCAACAUGGCUUGAAAGAGAGAAAUCCCAUCAGUUCUGAAAGUGUGUUCCUACCUUGGUUACUUGACAGCCUUACUCAAGUGUUUGACAUCUGCCAUCUCCUAGAGUUGAUAAGAUCACUAAAUGGUUAUUUUUCCAGUUUUACCUCCCUACGUCUCUACCAUAUAGUCUUGGGUGAUUUUAUGCCUGCCAUCAGUCCUUCAGUUUCUCAGGGCAUUUUGAUCAGGGCUUAAGAAUGUUUCCAGUCUCUUAGAUAUGGUGUACUUCGCAGUUCCAGCCCCAUAGAACUUGGCCUUAUCUGUCAUUGACCAACCCUGGAAGCUGUGCUUGAAUUGUCUUCUCUACAGGUCUUCAGUCUCUUUGGUAGCUCAGGAAAUUUGGAAGACUCCAGGACCUCCUUCCUGCCAGCCUUGCACCUUGCGUGUGUUGCAGCCACUUGCCAUCAGAUGAAAAUCCUCUCUCGUACUGUGACUUGCUUCACAUGUACAUUGCACAGAGACUUAGCCUGAUGUUUUUGACAAGAGCAAUAUGCUCAGUGCCUGAAUGUAACUAAUCAAGGAAUAGUUCAUAAAGGGGAUUUAUAGUUUAAUUGUUCAAUGACCUUAGAGUAGACUGAGGCUCUUUUUCUGUUAGAGCGCUUAGUGACAUCAAGCUUGUGAAAUGUUGGAUAGACCUUGGCUCCUGCUAAGGCAAGGGUGGGCAACUUGUAGUCCUCUAGAUGUUUAUCUCUGCAAUUCUCAUCAGCGCUAGCCAGCAUAGCCAAUGGUGAAGAAUGAUGGGAGUUGUAAGCCAAAACAUCUGGAGGCUCACCAGAGGUCCACCCCUGUAGGAAGGGGUCUUGAAGGCCAAUUCAAACUGGACUCACUUGAAUCUAAAUUGCCCUGUGAGAAGAUAUUUUUGCUUCUCGAAGGAACAAGUGGAGAGAUAUGAUAAGAUGGGAAUAGGGUCGUAUAGUGUUUGUGAAUAUGGAGAAGUGUCAAGUGAUAUUGUUUGGAUUAUUGUAUUAAAUUUGUUAGUCUAUUCUAGUCCUUUUGAACUUGCAGCAUGUAUGUCUCAAGGCGUUGUUGAGGCUAUGUAGAAUCCAUCUCUGCAUUUAGGUCUGUGGAGAAAGGGAGAUGAAUUUAUCCUAUGGCUUCAGAUCCGAAUCCUGGUCAAUAUGGUUAUUGAAAAACUUAAGGGCAGAGGCCAUAGCUCAGUGGUAGGGCACAUACUUUGCAUACAGAACAUCCCAGGUUUGAUCACAGUAUCUCCACUUUAAAAGGGCCAAAUAGCCAGUGGUGGGAAGACCUUCUCUCCCUGAGAGAUUGUGGAGCCACUGCCAGUCAGAGCAAGCAACAUUAGGCUAGAUGGACCAGUGGUCUGACCAGGUAGAAGGCAGCCUUUAGGGAGAAGGAACUGACUUUCAGGUGAGCCAUUCUUCUUGCCUGAAACAAAUCAUGCUUGUAGAGGUUUUGAUUCCAGAACUAAGAGCCACCUGCCAAAUAGCCAUCAGAUAGUCUAUUCCUUUCAGACAAAACAGUGCCUUCAGUCUCCCAUGGCUCUAUGGUUUGUAGCAUUUUAGGUUCUUUCUGCACAAGCAGCCAAAGAAGAUUCUGACUAAGUAUUUAGUCAUUAUAUGAUACUCCUGUGAUUCCUUUUUCUCCCAAUUGUAAUGAUGUGACGUUCUGUUUGCACAUAAUCGAAAUAAGGAAUGGAAGAUGCCUUGUUGCAGGAGGGAGAGGAGGAGGAGGACACAGCUUCCAAAGAUUUUUUUUAAAAAUAUAUAAACGCAGCUAAACAAAAUGUUCACAAAAUAACAGGGUGUAGCCUUUCUGGGAUUUGCCUUAAAAAAGAAAGAAAAAGUAUACUAGAUGAGCACGCACAUGCUGUUGCUGCACAGCAGGGGAGCACACAGCCUCCAAAGAAUGAAAAUAAUAAUAAUAAACAUGCUGAAAAUUACAACAUGUUGUUGGCAUGGAGAGAAAGAAUAUUGCAUCAGUCAUCACUAAUCACAUCAUAAACAAAAUCCAGUAGAAGUCUGUGACAUGCUUGUAAGCACAUUCCAUGCAGCAGUCACAAAAGCAAUGGAUGCCCUGUUUGGGAAGACGUUGAACUUUUUUGCAAUGGUAGCUGAUGAAUUUCAUUAAUAGCAGAAUUCAGGUGGGAUCAUGUAUGUUCCAUCAAAUUGGAAUUUUUCAUAAUUGUGGAUUUUGAUUAAGCCAGGUGCAAAGCUUUGGACAAAUCUGCUGCAUGUUCAUCCAGGAAAUGUUUUAGUGUUUUCAGUGCCACAACAAUGUGCAUUUUGUAUUACUGAGAUACCUGUAUUCUGAAAAUAUUUUAAUCCUUUUAUGCCAAAGCACCUCUUAUAAACUCAUGCAAUGUCACUAUUCUGCAACACACACACACACACACACACACACACACACACACACACACACACUUAAAAUUCUGACCUGUUUAUUUUCCAAUUCUCUUCUAUUUCAUUCUGAGUCAGAAAAACAAAAGAUGUAAGGCGAUGAAACCAAUAAUGCUGUGUGACUUUAGGUAAAAUAUGCAUGCAUGUGAACAUCUAAGACCUUAAAUAAUUGAGAAAACAGUGGAUGAAUGAAGUGUACCUAGAACUGGGCAAAUUUUGGUCCAGAAAUCUUAUAGAAAGAGAACUUUCCCCUUGCCCACAGCAACCAAAACUGUUGCAGGAAUCGUUGUAUAGAAUGUGGUGGCACUAGUAUUAUGGGCACCUUUUGCCUAUGACAUCUUUGUAGCCAGCAACCCAAGUUCCUCUCCCUAUCUAUGCCAUUUUCAGAAGUUUAAAUGCCUUGCUAUUUUAAUUCCAUUUCCUCCUUAUUGUUUUUUCCUUCAGAGACUUUGCACACCCACUCCCUAACAGUAGAGGACACAUCUGUCCCCCGCCCCCUGCUACUGUAUACAAAAUGUAUUUUCAACAAUAAGGCUACCUCUGCCCUUUCCACCAAGUGGGGAUGGAAUAUAGUACUAGUGGUGCUGGGCUGGGGCUUGCAUUACUUCAGCACUUAAAUAAUAAGUGCAUUUGGAUCAUCUGGAAAGGCACAUAUAGACAUGCAGACAUGUGAGACCAAAACAAAUCCAAUUUUGGAUUAGGUUUUCACACCAUUGUGCCUGUUGCAAAGUAGGAAUAGUAGUGUGUGGAGAGAGAGAGAGAGAGAGAGAGAGAGAGAGAGAGAGAGAGAGAGAGAGAGAGAGAGAGAGAAGUAAUUCAUUGGAACUAUAGAAAGUAUUGACCAGAUGAUGACCUAAACUUUCAGUGCCAGAACGUUCAGGCUCCAUUGCUCUGUGCUUACAGACUUAGGCUGCAAUCGCAUGCAUGAAAAUCCUAUGAAUCCUAUCCUAUGAAAAAGUCUUAGAAUUUCCAGCAUUCCUCCAUGGGGAAUGCUGGAAGUUGUAGGGCUUUUUUCUGUUUAAACAUGCAUAGGAUUGUGCUGUUACAUGCUUUACAGCAUGACCCAUAAAAGCUUAGCCGCUAUUGAUUUCUUCUAUGAAGUGUCCACGGAGAGAUAGUGGGCAUCCUCCGAAUCAAAUGUAGGCCCUCUGAGACAAUGUGUUUGUAUGCUCUUGAGCUAGAGAGUAUUUUGAGAGUAUCUGCCAAAUGCCUGGGUGUGCAGGUUAAUUCUCUGCAGCAGCGUGAAUACACAUGUUUAGUUCUUAUUGGGGUGUUGUGCAUCCUAAGCCUGACGCACCUAGCCCUUGAAGAGAAGUACAAUUCCAUGUGGUACUAGAUACCCUGGUGGGCAAAAAGGAAGGAAUCAGAAAGCUUAAGCUUGGUUGCAGUUGUGUAAUGAUCUAGUGAUAUAGCAGGUAAGAGAUGAGUCUUGAAUUAAGAGAGAGCUUCCGUUGGUAUGAGGAAUAUACUGGAAGAGGGAUCUGUUGUACAUGAAGCUGUAAUAUCUCAAAUAUAUUUUGAUGGGAGGGAGGAGGAGGGGGAUAAUUUAUUGCAAGGACCUUUCUUAAUCCACUGCAAGUGUUGCAUGUUAGAACUUUAUGUUCAUGAAGUGCUUUUUGAAGAUACAGAAUGUAGUUAUUACAUGCAUUGUGCAGUGUGCUUGAUUUACAAGGUAUAGGAAUAGGAAGUGAAUGUAAUAUUUGUCCCCAAAGCCCAUUUUCUCCCUUAGCCUCUCUUUUUCUCAGGAUUUAAAACUGUGGCAUGUGUCUGUAGUUCCACCUUAGAUAGAACUGGAAAAAAUGAUAUAAUCUUCAAAACAAAAACUAAAGAUUUAAAAAACCCUGGGUCAACAUCCUGUGCCUGUUUACUCAGACAUAAAUCUGGUCUUAUUUCCAAGUAAAUGUGCCCAGUUGCAGUGCAAUCCUAUGUAUGUUUACUCAGAAAUACAUCCCAUUAUGUCCACUGGAGCUUAUUCCUAGGUAAGUGUGCAUCGGAUUGCAGUCUUAAUAUCUGGUUUGGUUGGCACAUUUAAUCCAAUAGGAUUCAGAUCCAGAAGGCUUUGAAAAGUAUGUGGAUUUAGAGGGAUAAAAAAAUGUUUUCUCCAAAAAGCAUCUAGCAAGAUGUUUUUUGAGGCCUCAGCUUCCAAAACUAGUUUUCAGGUAACUGAGAGGAACCUGGUUUUCAAAAAAUAUUGCACUCAAAAGUUCUUGUCUUCUAAAUAUUGGGCUUUUCUUAGAUGUCUCAUGCUAAGAGUAUUUGAAAUCAGCUGUCACACUUUUUGAAACUUGGGGGACAAAGAUUUUUAUAUGUUCUCUUUCCCCUCACCACACCCCAUGCUAGUAUAUACCACAGCACAAUAUGCUUUGUUGACUAUAUGGUGGUGUUGCGUAUUUUGUAUAUGCAACAAAGGUUGCGUAUUGUGUCUGGCUCCCAGCUGGAAUGGACAAAAGGCUACACUUUACCGAAAUCCCUUCCAGUAUGAGAGGUAAGAGGAUGAACCUUUUGUGGGAGUUAGUUGAAACUUUUUAAAAAGAAUGUUAUUGAUGUUAUUUUUUAGGGGGGGGGGGAAGAAAGAAGAAAACUGCACCAUGCUCUGAUUCUGAAAUGUUACUACUGUUUUAUAAAUAAAUGUAUAAAAUAAUGGACUGGAACAGAGAAAAAUCAUUAAAAUUUAUUUAUUUACAA